ACGUGACAAGUCGCACGUCAUUCCCUGCUGUUUUGAUGUAGAGGCUCUGUGUAGAGGUUUUGAGGUUAUGUGGCAAAGAUUUAUGGAGAUUGGAAAAUUGCAAAAUUUUUAAAGGACAAAUUAUGGGAGAAAAAAGCCACAAGAAAAGUGUUUAUGAUAAAUAUGUUGGCGGCCCUCAUGGCUUAGGAGAUCCAGAUGACAAGAGUCUGAGAAAGGUGGAAAUAGAUGUGAUGAUUCCAAAGAAAAUGAGGGAAAUCGCUAAAACUGAGAAAUGUUUCAAGGAAGUAGAAGCAUUCACAAUUUGUUGUAAAGAUAGUGGACUAUUGAUGGUGUGGAAGUGUAGGGAACAAAAUAGCAUGUUAAAAGAAUGUUUAACUCAUUGGUACCAAGAUGAGGACUUUAGAAAUAGGUGUACAAAAGAAUAUUUAGAAGAAAGAACAGAGUACAGAAGAACGGGUGUCACUUUGAAACAAAAACAGAGAAUAGGAUCUUCUAUGUAGGGAUGAAAAUAAUAGCCUAGUAUUUAGUGUUAACUAUUUUUUUGUGAAUAUAACCACCUUCUCACUAAAAGUUCUUCAAUCAAAAC